AUGGAGAUCACCGUCUCCACCGUGCUGCUGCUUGUUGCCGGUGUGCCAGUCCAUGUCCUGCCUACGAUGUGCACGGCGGUCCGUGGCUUCAGCCUCCCGCUGGUCGCCAACCACGGCGGGGGCACGCACCGUGUGGACGCCGAUGGCUUCAUGGUCGUGAACACCACGAGCUUCCACCACCGUCCCUCCCUGACGGCCCCCCCGAGGUACACGUAUGGCGUGGCCGUGACCAUUGGCACGGGCCGCGGCAAGGGUACCCAUUUCCUCGUGCUAGACACGGCCAGCAGCCUGCCGUGGAUGCGGUGCGUGCACUGCUUGCCGGUGCAACGGCAACGUAGCCCGGUGUUCGACCCUAGCCACUCGAGCAGCUACCGCCCUCUCCAUCCGGCGAACCCCCUGUGCCGGACGCCCAACCCCAUCCACCCCGCCGGCGACAAGUGCUCCUUCCACCUCCCAGAGGAGGCACACGGCUUCGUCGGCGUCGACACCAUCGUUCUGGGUGAUCCGACUUUGCCUAUCCAUGGCAUCGCCUUCGGGUGCGCGCAGGCCACCGAGGGGUUCGACACCAAAGGCACGUUCGCAGGCACACUGGGCAUGGGCAGGCUGCCUUCCUCCCUUAUCAUGCAGAUCAAGGACCGUGUCGCCUGGCGCUUCUCCUACUGUUUGAUCGGCCCAGGUCACAGCCAGGACCGACAUGGCUUCAUCCGCUUCGGCGCCGACAUCCCGGAGCCCUCGCCUCUAGUCCACCAUCGCAUCAAGAUCCUUCCCACGCCGCCACACCACCCGCACGGUGCCGCCGACUCGGCCUACUACGUGAAGCUUCUGGGUGUGAGCCUCAACGGGUCCCCGAUCCAGGGUAUCCACCAAACUAUGUUCGAGCGGCGGCACGACGGGUCAGGCGGGUGCUUCGUGGAUGCCGGCACAGAGAUCACCCAUCUGGUGCCGGCGGCGUACACGCUCGUGGAGGAGGCGGUGGCCCAUGUGGUGCAGCAGUGGGGGUACAAGCGUGUGCGUGACCGCGACUUCCACCUGUGUUUCCGGGAGGAGCCCGGGAUCUGGUCGCGCAUCCCGAGGUUGACGCUUGACUUUGAGGGCCCGCCUACUCGGCACGGGGAGCCCACGCGCGCGCACCUGGAAAUCGGCUCCCGGCACCUCUUCUUGAAGGUUGAAAACGAGCAGGUGUUGUGCUUUGGUGUGUACCCCACGACCUCGCGCCACCCGACGGUCAUCGGCGCCAUGCAGCAGGUGGAUACGCGAUUCAUUUUUGACCUCAGGGCCAACACCAUCACCAUCCACCCAGAGAGCUGUGAAGCCGACACCGAGCCCACCCCGUCCGAGUGGUGA